AUGCCACUCCCCGGUGGUCACCACAUAUCACCAACUACCCAACUAACUGGCACAGUAGACGCAAGCACAGGACACAUUCCACCCCGUGAACGUCACUCGUCUUGGCGGGCAGGGAUACCUAUCCCUCCGCACCGGACGCCAUUCGCGUGUCGCGGAUCUUUCACCAAGCAAGGCAACUUUUCUAUCAGCCGGAGGCAAUAUUGUAACUAUUUUCUGAUGGUUCGUAAUAUCCCGGAAUCGAUGGAAUGGCAAAAUUUUUUAAUUUUUACCGAUCAUGUAUCCUGCAUAGCAUUUGGCCGUAGAGUGGUUGGCGGCACACCAUUCCGUAGGCCGAAGUCAGAUCCUGGGCGGGACUGUCGCUCACCGAAUGCAGGUUAUCGUUGA